UGUCACUUUAUCACAGUUUCUGGCCACGUGCGGCUGUUGUUUCACUUUUAAUAAUAACAAAGAGUUAACAACAAAUAGCGGCCGAAAUGCAGGAGAACACACCGCCGCAUCGCCCCGACAUCGAGUACAGCGACGACGAAGUGCUGGAGGAGAUCGAGCUGGGCGACGAGGGCGAGGAGGAGUUCGACGAGGUGACGCUGGAGCAGCUGGAGGCACGCCUAGGCGGACUAGGCGACAGCGAAGAUGAAGAGGAGGAGCGUGCCGACAUGGAGCGCAUAGCACGCCUGGAAGACCAGGCGGAGGUCACAUUUAAGCAACACAAGGCCCCGGUCUUCGCCUGCAGCCUGCAUCCGACAUACAACUGGGCUGUGACCGGCAGCGAGGAUGAUCGUGCCUAUGUCUGGGACACAGCCACGGGAGAGGUGCUCCACGAGAUCACCGAGCACAAGGACACUGUCACGGAGACACACUUUAGCCACGACGGUGCCUACUUGGUCACCGGAGACAUGGCGGGCGAAUUAUUUGCCUUCAAGGUCAGCGAACAGCGGGACGAACGGCCCAUCUUGGCCAAAGUUUGGGACUACUCCAUGAGCGACAUGUCUUGGCUCUUCUGGCACCGGGCUGCGCAUAUUCUGCUGGCCGGCAGCGACAGCGGUGAUAUCUACGUGUGGCGCAUUCCUGGCGGAGACUGCAAAAUCCUGCCGGGUCAAUCUUCACGCUGCGAGUCUGGGGAGCUGAGUGGCGAUGGCAAGAAGCUCUUUACUGCAUACCUGAACGGUCAUGUAAAGCUGUGGGACCUGAAGACCUGCCAGGUGCUGAUGGAGGUCAACGAGCAGCAUUCCCUGGGUUUUGGCGAGAUCACGCAUGCAGUGGUGGACUGUGAGAGGGAUUCGCCGUUCUAUAUCUGCGCCGAAGGAUCGGGUCUGAUCCUAUUUUGCACCAACAAUGGUCCUGUGAAUACGGUUCAGUCGGAGCACAGCAUCGAAUGCCUGGCCUUUGCUCCCGCCAACUCGGAUCUCAAGCUCUUUGCAUGCGGAUCGCUGGAUGGGCAAAUCUCCAUUUGGGAUUAUGCCAAGACAUCGCUGCGUACGGUCUGUGAGAUUCCAGAGCCGAAUGAUAGUGUCCUUCGGAUCAAGUGGCUGAAUGACCACACCAUACUGGCGGCCACAUCGCAGGGCAACUUGAAUGCAUUCGAUGCACGCACGGGAUCACUUAAAUUCAAGCUAACCGGUCACCAUUAUCACAUUUACGAGUUUGUGUACAGACCGCAGGAUAACCUGCUGCUGACAGUUUCCGAGGACAAAAUGGCCAAGAUAUUCAGGGUGCCACCGCUGGGCGAUUAAUUAGGACUUUUAAUUGUUGGACAUACAUAAUGUAUAUGUAAAUAUAGGAAAUACAUACAAAAACGAAGUACUUUUGACUUGGCAGCCAGGAGCAACGACCCCCAAGGGGUGGUCCUGUCCCACUUUGUCCUAUUUACAGAGAAAUAAAGGAGUGCGCGGGAGGCAAAAGUCGACUAAAGAUAGAACAAACAAAAGUUGAAACAAUUGUGGGAGCAAUAAUAGUCUUGAAAUUGUUCUUUGUUUUGGAAAAAUGUUCAAAAUCUUCCUAUAGCAAAAGUACUUAUUAUU